CUAACCCUCCGUAUUCGGCCCCGCUCGAGCCUUCCACCUGUUUGAGACUCCUUAGGAUGGAAAAAACAGAGAAAAUCAUUCUCCGUUUCCGUUUCGGAGAGCACCUGAGGGAGAUCAGAGUGGUUUCUUGGCAUUUUAUCCGAGUUUUGGCGGUGUGAGUUGGUCCCUUGAGGUUUCGAGAGCUCCUCCGUUUCGGAGAGCACCUGAGGGAGAUCGGAGUGGUUUAUUGGGAUUUUGUGCGACUUUUGGCGGGGUCAGUUGGUCCCUUGAGGCCUUGAGAGCAGGGUUUGGGACGGAAGGAUUCCUUUUGGCGACAAAAUUUUCGAGGUUCCCGUGGGUUUGGGACGGGUUCGGGUGGUAAGUUUCUAAACGGAUUCAGAUACGGGUAGGGCAAAGUUUGCGGGCACCCUACCGUUGCCAUCUAUAUUCGUUCAAUUGCUUCCGCUUGUGCCCGCCGGGCGCCUCCCCGGCUUUCCCCGCUGAUAUCCCCACCGCCGGCUAGCGCCGCUUUACCCCGUGCCACCACCGACAGGCGCCCCUCGUCCCGGCCCCUACUUCCUCGUCACCUCGCCCGAUUUGAAACUCAAAUUCAAGGAGGAAGCGAUUUAGGUCUGUUCUCUUCGUCGUCUCUUUGCCAACUUUUCCAAGAGGAGAUGCCAUCGUUCCCUAACGGUAUCUCCUCUGAGGGCCAGAAGAGCGGCGGCGGAAAGCUCGCUCAGGGGGACCACAAAGCCCAGCAGGCGCUAGCGAGGAGACAGUGGAUUUUAGAGCAGAGAAAAUCAUUGCCUAUUGCAUCAGUUGAGAGAAGGAUUGUGGAUGAAGUGAGGAAGAAUGAGACUUUAAUAAUUGUUGGUGAAACUGGAAGUGGGAAGACCACCCGUGGGUUUUAAUUGCCACAGUUUUUGUAUAAUGCUGGAUUUUGCAAAGAUGGGAAAGUCAUUGGCAUCACUCAACCACGUCGGGUUGCAGCUGUUACUGUUGCAAAACGUGUGGCAGAAGAGUGUAAUGUUGAAUUAGGACAGAAGGUUGGGUACUCAAUUAGAUUUGAAGAUGUCACAUCCAGCUCUACAAGAAUUAAGUACAUGACAGAUGGUUUGCUAUUAAGGGAAGCACUGCUGGAUCCAUAUCUAUCUAGAUAUAAUGUCAUCAUUGUCGACGAAGCUCAUGAAAGAACAGUCCACACUGAUGUGUUAUUGGGGUUGUUAAAAAAUGUACAGUUUGCAAGAUCACGUUCUACUAUCAAGCAGCAUAAUUUUGACAAUGCAAAUGCUAACAAAUAUGUGGUGUCAGAUAAAGAAGAUAAGACUCAAAGCUUCAGUACUUUGAGGGCAUGUCAGGGUGCAAAACUCACCUCCCUAAAGUUGAUAAUAAUGUCUGCUAGUUUGGAUGCAAGGGGUUUUUCUGAGUAUUUGGGGGGUGCAAAAGCUGUGCACAUUCAAGGAAGGCAACACCCUGUUGAUAUACUGUAUACAUAUCAACCUGAGCCAGAUUAUAUAGAUGCUACCCUAAUUACUAUUUUUCAGAUCCAUCUGGAGGAGGGUCCUGGAGAUAUUCUUGCAUUUUUGACUGGGCAAGAGGAGAUUGAAGCGGUAGAGAGGCUUGUUCAUGAGCGCGGUCACCAGCUACCUGAAGGCAGUCAACAAAUCAUAACUGUUCCUAUUUACUCUUCUCUUCCUUCAGAGCAGCAAAUGAAUGCCUUCAAGCCAGUCCCUUAUGGUUUUCGCAAGGUCAUACUAGCAACAAAUAUUGCCGAGACUUCUGUUACAAUACCUGGCAUCAAGUAUGUUAUAGACCCAGGACUGGUGAAAGCUCGUUCAUACAACCCAGUAACAGGGAUGGAAUCAUUGAUCAUCAUUCCAACCUCAAAAGCACAGGCUCUUCAGAGGAGUGGUCGUGCUGGACGGGAGGGACCAGGGAAAUGCUUCCGAUUGUACCCGGAAAGUGAGUUUGGUAAACUUGUUGAUUCUACAGUUCCAGAGAUAAAGAGGUGCAACCUUUCAAAUGUUGUGCUACAGCUGAAAGCCCUAGGUGUUGACGAUAUCAUAGGGUUUGAUUUCAUGGAAAAGCCUUCAAGGAUGGCUAUUGUGAAAUCUUUGGAGCAAUUACUGCUACUAGGGGCUUUAACUGAUGAUUACAAAUUGUCAGAUCCAAUUGGGUGUCAGAUGGCCCGGCUACCAUUGGACCCCAUGUAUUCUAAGGCACUGAUCUUGGCUGGUGAAUUCAAGUGCAUGGAAGAAAUGCUGAUAGUGGUUGCCAUGCUUUCAGUGGAAUCUAUUUUUUAUUUUCCUCGCGAGAAAAUGGAAGAGGCAAAAGCUGCAAGGAAGAGAUUUUCAAGCCCCGAAGGGGACCAUAUAUCCCUAGUAAAUGUAUAUCGGGCUUCUGCAGAAUGCUUGGAGAAGAGCAGAGAAGCAACUAGUAAAGAGAAAACAAUUGAAAAAGCUCUAAAUAAAUGGUGCAGGGAGAACUUCAUCAAUUACCGGUCACUAAGGCAUGCACGAGAUGUUCACAGUCAAAUUCAAGGGCAUGUCCAACAAAUGGGUCUGUCUCUGUCAUCAUGUGGAGAUGACAUGCUUCAGUUCCGCCGGUGCCUUACAACCUCAUUCUUCCUCAAUGCAGCACUGAAGCAACCAGAUGGAUCAUACAGGGCUAUGUCGAGCAGUCAAACCGUACAGAUACAUCCUUCUUCAGUUCUAUUCCGGACAAGACCAGAGUGCAUCAUCUUCAAUGAGUUGGUUCGAACAAACCAAAACUAUGUUCGUAAUCUAACACGAGUGGAUCCCCUGUGGUUACCAGAACUAGCUCCUCAGUAUUAUGCUGCAGAGAAUUAAUUUGUUUUUUCGUGUCAAAUUUUAAAUUUUGAUUGAUCCAUUUAUGCGUGGAUCCUUCUUAAUUACCACUUCUUUGUAUUCCUGCAGUGCUGUAAUUUCCUGCAAUCUUCUUUAAAAUAUAUGUUCUUUUCCAUCUAUUUA